AUGUUCACAACCUCCCCGUGGUGUGGCCGGAAAACGACCGAGUGUGCUGGCACUCGGCGGCAAAUAGUGAACAAGCUAGAAAAGGAUUGGCGAAAUCAUAUCAGGACCCGGCCGUCAAACCGGGAAAGCCGCCCUAGUCUAGUGCAGUCGGGUUCCCCAGAACUCGGCAGCACGACCUCCAAAAGGUCCUCUUUAGGACCAAAUGGCCUCCGGUCUGCUGAUCCCAUAAAAGAGCCUAGCGCUCGAAGGGGGAGGACUUGUGGUCGAAAUGUGUGGCUUGCUCGCGAGUUUCACAAAUUGUCGUUGGAGGUCUCCCGUCACAAAGACUUGAGGAACGGACGGAUCCGUUGGUUGAACCUUGCGUCAGCUUGGGAAAGCCAGCGUAAUCCCGAAGAUCCGCAGCGGACCGUGGCUGCUCUCAAGGCAGCUUACGCGAAACUGCGCAAGACACCUGUGAUGGAAGACGUGGAAGAAGACGAAAGAAGAGAAGAUUCCGAGGCGGAGGGAAACCCGAGCCUCGGGACUUCUGAGGUGAAUGUGGUGGGUUUCGUACAGGCGAGGGAGGGUUACCCGGACCUCGAACCCAUCACGGUUACUGCUCCUCUCAGUGAGCCUAGUCUUAAAGACCAGGUACUCCAGAGAGUUGAGUUGUACUUGAACGUGGCUAGUACGUUCCGAGAUAGAGUGAGUAUAAGGAGACCUGGGUCUGAGAUUCCCAAGGAUCUUCUUGAGAUUGGCAAUGACAUUCUACGAGAGAGAAUGCCAGAACCGGUCUCGCAGGGCCAACGUUACAUUACCAAGCUAAAUGACUUAGUGUAUGCAGUCGCGCGUGCGAUAGCUGCCACUACCGAUAGAUUGGGGCAAGAACGUAGCGGAAGCCUAAAGAUGACUCUAUCAGAAGAAAUAGAACGACGAAGGGUUAUCGUCAGCUCUAUUUCUAUAAUCUCGAGCGAGUUAGAUAGAAGAAAAGUGCGUAAGCGGAGCGAGCGAAAGCGGGUCAGCCGUAAGUACCUCAAACUGUCUGAAACACUUGGGGACCGGGCCGAUAGUAGUUUAGAGCUUGUUCGGUACUUGAGGCAACUCAAGGACCAGCUAAACACUACGCAGCAGACGAUCAAACGUCUCGAGGAAACCAAACGUCUACAAUUUGUCAGACGCAAGGGGGCCUCAUAUGUGGUAAACCGUCGGGUUUCGAGUGAGAAGGAUACAGUGGUAGUACCAGUUACUUCCGUCAGCGAGUACUGGAAACCCAUUGUGGGGACAAGAAGGCCAUUUCGUGCUGGUUUCCAGCUCAAGAAAUGGGCCGAAGAUCUCGAAACUGGAUUGACUCCGGAAACGGGUCAGGAGCUUUCAGAAGAGGCAUGGCGAGAA